AUGGACAAGCUUCUCACUGAAAAGGAAAUGAUUAGACACAUGGCCCGGUUGAAUGUGGCACGUAACUAUCUAGAGGAAGAGUUCAUCUCGAUGUCUAAAACAGGGGAUGACACCAACCCAAUUGAGGCAAUGUUGGCAGACCUCGACGCGUUUGUACAGGAAAACAAACAAGAGCUUGAUAGAAUCCUUGACGAGAAGGGAGAGCAAGACAGCAACAUGGAUGUGGACAACGAGAACAAGAAGAGAGCACUUGACGACGACAACAACGAUGACGACGAUGAUAGUAUGGAUCAAGAGCUGGAGGAUUUGCUUGGCGAUUAUGACGACUAG